GUUUGAAUUUCAAUUGGGGCUGUCAGUUGGAUGUUAAACGCUCACCAUGCCUCAUCGAUUGCGAGUGCCUGCUCCGCCACCCUCAAUGAAACUGCAAGAUUUGCGCACACAUUUGCGGCAUCUGCCUCUGGCCUACAGUCCGGAGCAGUCGCCGUUGAGUCGGGAAAAGGAUUUUCAUGCCCAGUUGCGGUAUCAGCUGGAAAUGCCAAGGAAACCAAAGCUAAGGCCGUGCAAAGUCAUCUUUGUGGGUGACUGUUCGGUGGGCAAGACGGCCAUAGUCAAUCGGUUUUGCUAUGAUAAAUUUCAAUCGAAUUACAAGGCCACAAUUGGAGUGGAUUUCGAGUUGGAGAACUUUAAUAUAUUGGGUCACAAUUUUAGCCUGGAAAUGUGGGAUACGGCUGGUCAGGAGCGUUUUAAAUGCAUUGCAGGUGCUUAUUAUCGCAAUGCCAAUGUCAUUGUGGUGACAUAUGACAUGUCCAAACGUGAUUCCCUCGACUCGGCCAAAAAGUGGCUUGCCAGCGCUCUCAAUUAUAAUACUAGCACAAGACCCUUGAUCUUUUUAGUGGGCACAAAAUCCGAUCUUUUGACAAAAGAGGAAUUCAUGCGUAUGGAACGUUUGGCUAUUACGGUGGCCAAUGAUAUUCAGGCAGAGUAUUGGUCUCUAUCGGCCCGAUCUGGCUUCAAGGUCACAGAAUUCUUUCAGCGUUUGGCUGGUUUGGCUUUUGAAACGGCCGUCAGACAGCAUUUGGAGACACUUAAAAAUUUUGCACAAACAGAGCAAUUGGCGGCGCAUCAAACAUCUGAGAAAUCGCAAACAUUUGAUUUACGCAAUUAUUUUAAAAGUCGUCUGUAUAGGCAAAAGUCGGGCUGCGCUUGCUAAGUGUUAG